CUCGACUUCAACGGAGAGACACCAUUUUCUAAAGUUCGUAAACAUGCCACCAUAUCUUCUCAUCGUCUCUGUUCUAGUUUGCCUCCAUCUUAUGCUAGGAGUCGCCGAAGGAUCUGAAUCUAGUCAUCACGACCCAAAGCUAUCUAUGUACAACAUUAUUGCCAAUUCAGUCGGACCUAGGAAGCCUGCACCUAUGGGUUACGCACGAUGCAUCGCCAAUCCUGCAAGAUGCUGUCCAAUAGGUGUCCCCUGCUGUCAUGGUGAUAUGUACUGCUGCCAUAACCAUGAUGUUUUCUUCGGAUCAUUCUGUUGAUCUGUGUUUACUACUAUUCU